AUGCACGUCAGCAAUGCCCUCCUAGCAGCAUCUGUGGCCAUUGGCCACGUCUCUGCCGUGCCCGUCUCGCCGUGGGUUGUCCAGCCCAUCACAAAGGUUCAGCUCGGCCCACGGCCGUACUAUCUAGUUGACAGCCUCGACCCCGGCCCUCUCAAGGACAAGCUGGCGUCGUGUACCGAGAUGGAGAUCAAGUCCAGCAGCUGGUCCCUCGCGCACCGCGGCGGCGGUACACUACUGAUCCCCGAGGAGUCACGCGAGUCCAUUAUGGCGGGCGCGCGUAUGGGCGCCGGCAUCCUGGAGUGUGACGUGAGCUUUACCAAGGACCGCGUUCUGGUUUGCCGACACAGCCAGUGCGACCUACACACCACCACGAACAUUGUCGCCAUCCCCGAGCUCAACGCCAAGUGUAAGACGCCGUUCCGGCCUGCGGCUGAUAACGGUACUCAGCCUGCCGCGGCCGAGUGCUGCACUAGCGACCUUACCAUCGCCGAGUUUAAAUCGCUAUGCGCCAAGAUGGACGGCUUUAACGCCUCAGCCACCACACCUGAGGAUUACCAACAUGGCACUCUAUCCUGGCGCUCUGACCUAUAUGGCAGCUGUGCCCAGGUCAUGACGCUACAGGAGUACAUCACACUCGUUAGCUCCCUCGGCCUCAAGUUCACCACCGAGAUUAAGACCCCUAUGAUCCCUAUGCCCUUCCAGGGCAACUAUACGCAGGAGAUGUUCGCCCAGCAAAUGAUCGACACCCUCAAGGCCAACGGCAUUGCGCCCGCCGACGUCUUCAUACAGAGCUUCCUCUACUCUGACAUCCAGUACCUGCUCAAGCACGAACCCGCGUUCGGCCAGCAAGCCAUCUUUCUGGACCCGACUGGCGGGCCCGGAACCGUCGAUGCGUCCAUUGACAGCCUUGCCACAUACGCCCAGGAAGGCCUCAGGAUCAUCGCGCCGCCAAUCGGCUUUCUCGUCAAGGCUGACGGCGACAAGAUUGUCCCCAGCAGGUACGCGCUCAAGGCCAAGGAGCUCGGCCUCCAGAUCAUCACCUGGUCGCUAGAGCGCUCGCCGCCCGUGGCCCAGAUCAAGGCCGAGGGCGACUACUACUACGAUAGCAUCAAGGGCCUCCUUAGAACGGAUGGCGACAUCUACACUGUCCUCGACGUUCUCUGGCAGCAGGUUGGCGUUUUUGGCGUCUUUUCUGACUGGAGUGCGACUGCCACCUUUUACGCUACUUGCUUCGGAAUUGGAAUCUAG